GUUCCUUCCGUUGCCUCCAACCGCAAUAUACGUCUACUGAUUUUAAUUCCACGAUUGCAGUAGCAUGCCACUCGCGAAGGUAAACCCGUUCAUGGACGUUGCGCAGCAACACGGACAGAACUCAGAACUCGGUCUAACAACAGACGAAGUGGUCAACGACGCGACAGUGGAGAGCGAACCGACGUCGGAUAUUGAUAUCACGCAGAGCGUGACGGCCAACAGUCAAAGAACGGAGCCGGCUCACUUCCAACUGCUGCACGUUUUGGGUCAAGGAUCUUUUGGCAAGGUAUUCCUCGUCAAAAAGACGGAGGGCCCGGAUGCUGGGACACUCUACGCCAUGAAGGUCUUGAAGAAGGCGACGUUGAAGGUUCGUGAUCGAGCACGUACCAAAAUGGAGAGGGACAUUCUUGUUGCAGUCAAACAUCCAUUCAUAGUCGACAUUAUUUAUGCCUUUCAGACUGAAGGAAAGCUUUACAUGAUUUUGGAGUUUCUUCGAGGCGGAGAUCUCUUUACUCGACUAUCGAAGGAGGUGAUGUUCACUGAGGAGGAUGUCAAGUUUUAUCUUGCUGAACUUGGAUUAGCUCUUAGUCAUCUACACGGUUUAGGAGUUAUCUAUAGAGAUCUUAAACCUGAAAACAUUUUACUUGACACAGCAGGUCACAUCAAAUUGACUGAUUUUGGAUUAAGUAAGGAAGGGCUGGAAGUGGAGGAGGAUGACAAAAGAACAUACUCCUUUUGUGGAACUGUAGAAUAUAUGGCACCAGAGGUUGUGAAUCGUCGUGGCCAUAGCACGACUGCUGACUGGUGGUCAUAUGGAGUUUUAAUGUAUGAGAUGUUGACUGGUUCAUUACCUUUUCAAGGAGAAAACAGGAAAGUUACAAUGACAAUGAUUAUGAAAGCAAAGCUUGGCAUGCCGCAGUUCUUGAGCGGGGAUGCUCAAAGUCUCCUGCGGGCGUUGUUCAAACGAAAUCCUCAAAACAGAAUGGGUCAUGGUCCUAAUGGAAUCGAGAACAUCAAACAGCAUGUGUUCUUUUCUUCUAUAGAUUGGGAUAGAUUGUUCAGGCGGGAGGUAAAGCCGCCGUUCAAGCCUGCAGUUAGUCGAGACGAUACUUUCUAUUUUGACAGAGAAUUUACACAACGCACUCCUCGUGAUUCCCCUGGCGCUCCGGUUAGUGCCAAGUCACAUCAACUAUUUAAAGGAUUUAGUUUCAUUGCACCUGCUGUGAUUGAGGAAGAAGCAGAAGACUCAGGAAUUGAUAGCAACUUGUCAUCUACGCGUUCGUCAUCACGCCGUUCAUCUCUCAUCACAACUGAAUAUGAUAUCAAACACAAUGAAGUUGUUGGCGUCGGAUCAUACAGUGUGGUGAAGAAAUGUGUUCACAUACCGACGAGGAGAGAAUGUGCUGUGAAGAUUAUUGACAAAUCAAAGAGAGAUCCAGAAGAAGAAAUCGAUAUCUUGCUGAGAUAUGGGAAACAUCCGAAUAUAAUCCAGUUACAUGAUAUAUUUGAUGAUGGAAAAAACGUAUAUAUUGUGACCGAUCUACUCAAAGGAGGCGAACUACUUGAUUACAUUUUGAAGCAGAAAUGUCUUUCCGAACGAGAAGCGGCAGCUAUUCUUUACGUGCUGACAUCGACUGUAGAAUACCUGCAUAGCCAAGGAGUUGUUCAUCGUGACCUCAAACCGUCAAAUAUUCUUUAUGUCAAUGAUGGUCACACGCCCGACAAGUUGAGGAUUGGUGACUUUGGCUUUGCAAAGCAGAUGAGAGCAGACAACGGUUUGUUAAUGACACCGUGCUAUACAGCAAACUUUGUAGCUCCUGAAGUAUUGAAGAAACAAGGAUAUGAUGCUGCAGCCGACGUGUGGAGCCUUGGAGUGUUGCUGUAUUCCAUGCUUGUGGGGUCGGUUAUACAAACUCCGUUUCCAAACACUUCAACUGACGAUCCACAGAGGAUCUUAGCUCGUAUUGGAGAGGGUAAUUUUGCAAAGACAGGCAACUGGAAAUCACUCUCCAGUGCUGCCAGGGACCUUAUAGAGAAGAUGCUGCAUGUUGAUCCUCACAAGAGACUUUCAGCUAAUCAAGUUCUUCAACAUCCGUGGAUUCAAGGCCGCAAUGCAUUGCCUGAUAAGAAACUGGCAUUCAAUGACUCGCACAUUAAGGGUCAACUACAAAAUAUGUUUGCUGCAAUGAGUUCUCCGCAAGUCAUCGAGCCAUUGGAGCCAGUCAUGACAUCUGGGCUAGCGAAACGUCGCCACGAACGGAGUGUUGGUUCAGGAUCUACUCCACUAUAACACAUUACAUGCACAUUAUACUAUAGUUUACCUGCAACCUCGAGGGACAUCAAGUUACUUGUUGACACUAUUGCAUGUAAAGGACCUGUCAAAGGGCACUAGGCCAAUGAUUUAUUGAGUAUACAGCUACUGCAGCAGUAUGCGUUUGAAACAGUCACUUAGUAAAUCGAGUCGUCACUAUGAAAA